AUGAUUCAAGAAAAACUUGCGUUCCUGGUCCCUUCGGUUCAAGCAGCUAUUUGCCUUCUAUAUGCUGCUGUCAAGUCGAAGACGGAAGCGGUGAUUCAGAAUGCCAAGCAUGCUGUUUUUAAUAUUUUACGGUGCAAUCCGAGUAUAGUCUAUCACUUUAUGGAAGCUGUAGAUCGAGCUGUAGAUGGAUCGUAUCAACAGGAUAUUGAGAAUGACACAUCUCCUGCAAUAUUAGUGGCUCCACCGUCAUCUAGUACUUAUAUGAGCCCCUCCGCGACACCAUUAGCGAUGUUUCCAGCCGUAACUGGCAUGCCCUCCUCCUACGUGACUCCUGACCAUUGCAGUCGAGCUAGUGACGAUUCUGGAUUUAACAGUGGUUUUUCUAGUCCUGCGACGAAUGGCGAAUUUAAGAGCCGUUUUUCAUCCCGAGAAGAUCUACAACGCACAAGUCGAUGUUCGUCACGUGUUAACAGCAGAAAUAUUGAAAAUCGUGACAAUGGUCUCAUCAUGAGCUACCUCUCUUUCGGCCAAGACUGA